UUUAGACUAUGUUGCCUUGGAGAUUGGAAUACCUGAAAGAGUUGAGUUUGUUUUGUAGCAGAAGGAGAAGAGGACAAAAACUUCAUGUCAAUGGUCAUUGAUGUUUAAAUUAUUGUUUGUUUGCAUCAUGACGUUAGUGACUGCGACUGCAAGUUCAUGGCCAAGGGCCGACUUUUCAUUUUCCUCGGAGGUGAUCAUCUUCCUGAAACUAUAUGCACCAAGCUCCAAAAAAAGAUGGCUUCAGACUCAAAUAUCGACACUCUCGAGGUGCUGCUACACCCAGGACUUAUCAAAACUAAGCUGUCAGCUCUUCCUCGAUUGACAGCACAUAAAGAAGGCCGACGGUUAUUGAAAGAUCUCCUCUCGAUCACGCGAUUUGGGACGCCUGCUAUAGUUCCUAUAGACACACCCAGCAUAAAUAACAGUAGUGGGGGUAACAAAGGGGACGACGACGUGGCAGCCCAGCCGAUCCAGCAGCAAACAAUGACACUUACGGAGCGUCAGGAUAUGCUCCUGGAGCAAGCAUAUAAGACCUAUCGCUUCGCAUCACUAUCACUAGAGGAUAUUUUGGAAGUAGUGCCUCAACCAAAUCAACUUUGCCUCAUCACUACGAUGAUGCUUUCAACGCAGUACGUGCGCACACUGAUGAAUAUAUAAGAAUUUUUUACAUGGAGAGAGACAUGAGCUAUAAAGAGGUUUUACGAUUGUGGUGAGAAUGUUUUGUAAUUUCAUUCACUCUAUUAUCUUUUUUUUAUCGAUCUUUCAGAAAUACUACUAUUCCAGAGAUGGAAAUCCUUUCUGAACCAUGGGACGCUCUCACACUGUUCCAACGAUGGAUCCUUCGGUGUCGUAUCAAUGGCCUCGAAGAGUCAGGACUUGACUUUGGGGAUUCAAAGGUCCAUGCAGAGGCGUUAGAAACGAAACUCAAAGCCCUUGAGAAG